CCACCCAGUCUCCCCAUCUCUUUCCUCUUCCAAGAAGUCAGCCAGGAAAUGUGAAAGCCGAAAGCUGAACCGACUGGAGGGGGAAAAAAUCAAAUCAAAUAUAGCAACAGCUGCAGCAGGAACAGAAGGUGAAGGAUGAUGCAAAAGGAAGAAAUCGUGCAACUUGACUCUUGCCUUUAGUGUGGGCAAGUUGGAGAAGAAGGCACAAAGCAAGAUGGAAGGGAAAAACCUGGGAUCCAAGCAGCACCACCACAAGGGUCUCUCCUCCUCCUGUGUGACUCAUUAAAAGCAGCCUUUCACAAGUGAUGCCCAUUUGGUGGACCAGGCCUCCAACAUCCAUCCAGGUGCUGCCUUUCCAGCUUCCAGUUUGUCCGUGAUGCAGCCAAAUGGAAACACCUCUGAAGAACUAGAAAUUAUUGAAGAACUGAUCAAGGAAGAUGGCUUUGCUGUGCCACGUCCUGCCAGGGGCUGUCUUCCCGAGGCAGCCAGGCUGAUCUCCAGAGGCCCCAACAUGGUCUCACCCACUGGGAUGCAGAGACUGGUUGAACCUGCAGGAAUGAACUUAUUGCACCUCAGCCCAGAGUCUUUUGCCUCUUCUUGCCCACCCUCUCCUUGCUUUCCUCAAGAUCGUUCAGCAUCCCAGCUCUCCCAGAACCUCAAUAACUUGACGCUGAGGUCUGAGCUGAUUCCAAGAGGACCGUCACUCACUUUACAGCUUGGGAGCGGAAGCUUGGAUAGCCCUUGGCCUCCUGCUGCCAGGCAUCCCGUGAUGCCCCAAGACCAGCUGGACAAAAACUUUCUGGAGCCACUCAAGCUUGUGAUCACAGAGCAGCCCAAGCAGAGAGGGAUGCGUUUCCGUUACCAGUGUGAAGGCAGGUCAGCGGGAAGCAUCUUGGGUGAAUGCAGCACUGAAACGAACAAAACCCUCCCGACCAUUGAGCUCCAGAACUUUGCAGGGAUCUCAGAAGUGAAAGUGACAGCAUGCCUGGUAUGGAAAGACUGGCCUUACCGAAUUCACCCGCACAGCCUGGUGGGGAAAGACUGCCAGAACGGUCUCUGCGAAGUGACCCUAAAGCCUUGUGUCAACCCCAAACACAGUUUUAACAACCUUGGGAUCCAGUGUGUGAAGAAGAAGGACAUUGAAGAAUCCAUAGAGAAAAAGCUGCAGCUUGGAAUUGACCCAUUCAAAGCCGGCUCAUUAAAAAACCACCAGGAGGUUGACAUGAACGUGGUCAGGAUUUGCUUCCAAGCUUCCUACCAGGACGGCACAGGAAAGACACGGCAUCUCAACCCCGUUCUCUCAGAGCCCAUCUUUGACAAGAAAUCCACAAACACUUCAGAGCUGAAAAUCUACCGGAUGAAUAAAGAGUAUGGGACCUGCACGGGUGGAGAGGAGCUUUAUUUGUUAUGCGACAAGGUCCAGAAAGAAGAUAUCUCCAUCAUCUUCCGGAAGGACACAUGGGAGGGCAAAGCAGACUUUUCGCAAGCCGACGUUCACCGGCAGAUUGCCAUUGUGUUCAAGACACCGCCAUAUCAGCACUUGGACAUCACAGAACCUGUGGAGGUGGAAGUGUACUUGCGGCGCCUGACAGACAGUGUCUCCAGCGAGCCUUUUAGUUUCACCUACCAGCCCAGGGACAAUGAUACAUACCGGGUCAACAAAAAGAGGAAGCAAGGCAUGCCUGAUGUCCUGGAGGAGCUGUCUGGCCCAGAUCCUCACGGAAUUGAAGCCAAGAGGAAAAAAAAGAAGCCUGCAUACAUGGACCACUUCAACUUGACUCCUUCUGCAGCUGGCUCCAUGCCCAACCCUGAAGACCAGAAUUUCCUGACCAGCUUGGAACGCAUCUCUGUGCCAGACCUGUUUGAGGACUACAACCUGGUCCAAGGCUUCUCCUACAGUGGCCCCAGCCUGAGUGACGUUGUGCUACCGUCUACCAUGGACUUCCCUGAAGGGCCGGAGCACGAGUUCCUGUUGGAUGCUUAUUCCGUCCACUCAGGUGUGUCUGCCCUCUUCCCGCUCUCUGGAGAUUGUGAGCCGGAGGGCACUGCCAGCCUGGUGGGCAGCAGCAUGUUUCCCAGCCAGUACAAAGAGGCUGAGGCACAGCUGGAAAUGAAAACCAAGCUCAAGGCGGCAGACAGUGCAGACACUUUGUGAAGGAAGCAUGCAUCCUAGACUCUGAGGGUCUAUCUCUCAGUCGUGAAGAAUACCUGUGAACCCCAUGAUAACACAGAUAGGGGCAUCCUCCCUGCUUGAAACGGGGGAAAUAUGUUCUUUGGCAUGAAGAAUGCUUAAAGGAUGGAUUUCCUUCUGGGAGGCAGCUGAGACAGGAAAUUGGAAGGGAAAAAAUGCACUAAUAGCUAAUGGCAGCUGAGGCAGCAGUCUCAGGAUUUGGCCCAAGGCAUUUGCAUUUUCCUCCUGGUUUUAUUUGCUCAGUUUUCAAGCUGAGGAAGAACUGACUGAUUUGUUCUAAUGUGUGCAUAAUGCAGACAUCAGUGUCCAUGGAAAUAUCUUCUGGUGGCAUCAUGGCAGAACCACCAGCCACUUUCCUCACAUGUGAUGGUUUAGGCCAAAACAUCUGUUGAAUGUUUAGUCUCUGCCCAUGAAUGUCUUUGCAAGAUGAGCUAGUGGGUAGAGAUCUGUGUUUGCAGAGCAACUCAGAUACGCAUCGUCCCAAUACAGACAGGUGGCUCUGUAUUGACAAUGAAUUGAAUUUAUGAAGGCAAAAGGUAAAUGAAGCUGCCUUAUACUAAGUCUCGGCUCUGAGGCGGAGUGUUAUCUUGCCUCGAAAGAGUCAUAUUUUUUAAAGUGCUGCUACUACAACAUCCCUUUUUAAAGAAGUUGCCAAGGGAAGGAACCAGGGGCUAUCUCACACUAAACAUUUAGAACGCUACGAUUCCACUUUAAUUGCCAUGGUUCCAUACUAUGGAAUCGUGGGGUUUGCAGUUCGGUGAAAUACUAGAGCCAUCCAGCUGGGAAUUCUCAGUACUCUUUUCUACACUGCAAAUAGGCCAAAAUAAAGCUGCUUCGGGUCACUUUGGAGGUAUGCUGUUUAAAUGAUGCAUGCAUCCCAGGAAGCCAGAAGCCAUGCUCCAGUCCUAACGACUGGACCUUGGGAUGGAGAGAACAUCUGGACUUGGAAAAGAAGCGCAGCUUCCGGCCUCUUAAGAUGCGUGUGUCAUUUAAACAGCAUGUCUCCAAAGUGACCCGAAGCAGCUUUAUUUUGGCCUGUCUGUACAGACCCAUAGGCUGUUGUUAUGGCACUUGAAAUGGAAUCAUAGCCCCAUAACUAUGUACAGGUUCAGUCUCUUUUAUCCGGGGCUGAAAUGCAAAGUAUUCCAAAAGACUAAAACAUUUCUCAUGGGUGGCUGAGAUAAUGACACUUUCUUGAUGGUUCAGUGUACCCAAACUUUUGUUUCAUGCACAAGAUUAAUAAAUAAAUAUAUAUAUUGUA